AUGGUGUUUACUAAGUGCCAGCAGAAUGAUGCAGACACCCGCGUAUUCCCGAUUGCUUUCGCAGUAGUGGAAAGCGAAAACUCAGAUUCCUGGAAGUGGUUUUUCGAGAGGUUGUCCACUAUUGUUGAAGAUAGUAGUGAAUUAAACUUAAUCUCGGAUAGAUGUGCCGCCAUAUUUGCAGCUAAAGAAAAAUGGUACCCACGUGCACGCCAUGGCAUUUGCCUCGUACACCUUCAGAGAAACGUCGGGGACAAGUACAAAGGGCUUUCGCAGAAAGCUAUGGUUGGCUGGGCAGGAGAAGCAUUCAAAGUUUCAGAAUUUCAGAAGGUGUAUGACCUUAUAAAGCUUACGGAUUGGAGAUGUUGGGAUUAUUUGGAGAAAAUCGACCGCAAAUUAUGGACACGUUCACAUUUCGACGAGGAGAGAUAUAACAUGAUGACUUCAAACAUUGCUGAAUCUUUUAAUCAUGCGCUUCUGCCCCCACGUGAUAGUCCUAUAAUGGCCCUGCUAGAGUUUAUCUGUCAGAUGUUGACUAGAUGGUUUGAGAGCAGACACUGUGACAUCACAAAAAUGAAGGGGAUCAUUCCAAAGGAAAUCGAAAAGGAGUUUGAAGUUACACAUAAACCAAGUGGAUACAGUUGCACUGUUGACCUGGAAAAACGAACUUGCUCGUGCCUUGAAUUCCAGAUGCUUAGGUUGCCAUGCCGACACGCCAUAGCGGCUGCUUCUCAUCGUAACAUGGAGUACAGCAUAGUUGUUUCAAAAUACUAUGUGAAAAAAACAUGGGCUGAAAAUGUAAAGGGUAUCAUACUACCGGCUCCAGAUCCAAAAGAUGUUGAUGUUCCCCCUGAAGUGUUGAAGGUAGAGCUUUAUCCACCAACUACCAAAAGAUCAAAAGGAAGGCCAGGUGUUAAAAGGAAACUGUCAGCCGGAGAAUUUCCGGACGGGGCGAAGAAAAAGAAGGCGAACAAGUGUUCCAGGUGUUUCAUGGAAGGUCACAAGAAGACUACAUGCAAGCAACCCGUGCCCUGA